UGCGUCGGGGGCUGGUCAUGGCGAAGGUGGUGGCCUCGAUUAAAGCCAUCGUCACCAGGGUGGUGUUCGGCAGCCACGGUCUGCUCGCCAUCUGGCAGGUCACCAUCCUCAAGAAGGAGCUCUACUUCUGGUACCUCUCGGCACCGGUGCUGCUCCUCUUCUUCGAGGGCAUUUUCACGUUGACCAUCAAGCGCAGCCAGGAGUGGAAAUGGUUCUGUCCGAGCGUUUUUCUCUACCUGGGAAGCGUCGUCCCUGCCAUUUGGCUCCUCGAACUCGAUAAAAUCGACAAAAAGUACAAAGGCGGCGCCGGAUUGAAUGCAACCACUCUCGAAGGGCUGCACAAAUUGGAUCAACUUUUAGGGCCUCAUGUGCAAAUCACCGCGCUGAACAUUUCCCCAGACACAUGGCUGACCUUGAUCGAGCAGUUUUUGAUGCUGAUUUUGAUUUUGGGCCGGUGGAUGCUGCCCAAAGGAGACCUGACCAGGGAUCAACUUUCGCAGCUGUUGCUUGUCUACAUCGGAACUGCGGCUGACAUCAUAGAAUUUUUCGAUACAUUUCAGGAUGAGACGAUUGGAAGACAUCCGGUUCUGCCCUUUUUAACCCUGGCAAUUUGGUCCUGGAGUUUACUGCAAUUCACGGUUGUGUUGACAGCAACGAAAUCGUCGAGGCGUUCGAGGAUUUCGGCUCCAGUCCAGAAUGCAAACAAAAAGAAGAAAAAGGGGAAGAAGAGUCGCAACCGAAAAGGGUUGGCCGCAUAUUGCUGUUCAGUCGACGUCUGGGCUAUCGUCAUUAAUAUUUUACUCCAAGAUGCGCCUUUUGUCAUCUUUAGAGCCCUUCUCAUUGGAUAUUACAAAAUCAUCAGUUACAUGAACAUUUUUUUCACCUGCAAAAACACGUUGGUAAUCGCCCUUCAGCUGUAUCGGCUCUACGUAGUAUUUGCAGAGAAAAGAAAUACGUUAAAGAAGCAAAAGAAGAAAAGGCGGAGCAAGAGGGACCCAUCGCCCGACAUUUCUCUCGUCCUGGCCGCUAUUGAAUCUUCAGGCGGUGGAAAAUACGGAUUCGACAUGGGACCGUUUCCAAAACCAAAGAAAAAAGGCAGCAAGCAACGAAACACUGGCCAUAGUUCGACCUCUUGCUCCGAGAUGCUGGGAGUCGCUUCCAAUCCAGCCAGUCGCCUUGACACCGGGGGUCAAAGGGCGCGGAGAAAGUCGCUGAGUGCGAACGAUUUGCGUGAACUGGAGAUGGGCGGGGACGACGAGUACCUGAGCGGUGAUGACCAGGAAACUGCUCGUUUUGAAGAAGAGGAACAGAGCAGCGACGAGGAGGAGGAGGAGGACCAAGAAGACGCGUCAUUUUCCGAGGAAGAACACGAUCCGAUGGACGAAUUCACUCCAGCGCAGAUAAGCACCAUUCUCAACGCGGCAGCAGUAAACUCAAAGAGAAGUAGAGCGACAGUAGCACCUGCAAAAGGUUCAAGGCAAGAUACUGGAUACUCGACGGCAACUUCUAGUUCCAGGUCACGAGUUUCAGGCAAGAAAAACAUCAAGUCGAGACCAUCGUCAGCCCACUCAACGCCUGGAAGAUCUAACAGAGUGACGAAAAAGAAGGGAUCAGGAGGUCGUCGAACCGCCGGCAACACGAUGGACGAGCAGAUCUGACAGAGGAGGGCCGCGAUCGCCAGUUUGUUCCUGCUGUUUGGUCUGAUCCUGGGUCUGUGCAUGCUGCUCAUCCACGGCGGCAUCACUCCGGAGGGCAUCGUGCUCAGCAGGUUUCCGGCUCGGAGCAGGGCCUCCCUGGCCAACGGCUCAUUGUCAGAACAGCUUCAUCCGAAUAAGAAAUCGGAGCGCGUUACCACGAGCGGCUCCGUUUUGGGAGACGAGGAAUUGCUUAUGUGAGACGUACGCGGCGCGACUCCAAUAACAAACGCGAUAGAAUCACAAACAAAGGGAAAGUAGUGGUGAAUGGAAGCAGGCAGCGCAGUCUGCGGGCGUUCGGCCGCUCGCUUUUUGCGUGGGAUUGUUUUAACGUCUUCAGCCUGUUGCUAAUGUUCUCCCCCGCGACUCUGAAUGAAGUGGAACGUAAUUUAAACAUGAAUCAGCAUGCAAAUAGACGCGUGCUCUUUCUCAAUGUUCUGUUGUUGCAAAUUAUGAUGCUCUGCUCCUCGAAUUAGGGGCACACACAUGUGUUUUGCAAUUCGUUGCCUCGGACAGCCUUGAGAUGUACUUAUUAGACACGCAUUCUCAUUCGAUUUGUUAGCACUUCCAAAUUUUAUUGGCUUUUUUACUGGUGCUUGGGGCUGUGAAUUUUAGACGGUGCGUUUAAGCAAAAUUUACGGAUAGUUUGAGGAGCAAAUUGUUGGUUUUAGACGGUUUUGUUGGACAUCAUACUAGAGGUCUCAGCCAGCCGGAAAAUUUUGGUUCACGUGGGCAGCCACCAGUCAACCACCGAGGAAAAAGGGUCAAAAAUAAAAAAGGGCAGGAGAAAAAUGUCUUCCGGCCCUUCGGGGACAGUUAAAGACCGUCUUUGAGGAAAUUUCUGAGCUCACCAAUCAAUUCUUGAGGGUCGAAUUGGGUAAAAUGGACAUUUUUUCCGACCAAAAAGUGCAGUGCGACGUGCGAACUUUUUUUCCCGCCAAAACAAUAUGAAUGCGAGAAGUGCGCAUGUGUCAGAGCAAUUGUAGAGAGACUACCUGUACGAAUUGUCAGAUCCAGCCAUCUCUGACGCAUGCGCACUUCUCGCAUUCAUAUUGUUUUGGCGGGAAAAAAAGUUCGCACGUCGCGAUGGACUUUUUGGUCGGAAAAAACAUCCACAUUACCUAAUUCGAACCUCAAGAAUCGAUUGGUGAGCUCAGAAACUCCGUCAAACACGGUCUUUAAGCGCCAGCCGCAGGUGAAAAUGGCCAGCCACCAGACAAAAUAUUGUGCUAAGCCAGUCCCGCCAGCCGCAGCCUUAAAUCUUGCGGCUGAGAUCCCUACGACACACUGCAUGAAAUUUGUAAAAAAUGUCAAUCAUUGGAUAUUCGCAGCCCUAUGAAUACGCUAUUUUUGAAACAAAAUAA